UUCUUUCACUUCGUUCAAUAGCUGAAGAAGCUCCACGCUUACUGAAAAUCUACAUUUUUUUCUUUUAAAAAGAGGGAAACACGAUGAUUCAUCUUCAAUUGUUAAGAAAAUCGUCGCAGACUCGAUCGAGAAAGCAGUUAUCGCAGCUUUUCUCAACAAUCUCUCAAAUAUCUUCGCAGCCAUCCAAGCCCAGGCCUUCUUUUGGCAUUGCCUUCGAUAUAGACGGCGUCGUUUUGCGCGGGAACACUCCUAUUGGUGGCGCUUCCCGAGCACUUAGGAGAUUAUACGACGGUUCCGGUGUUUUGAAGGUUCCUUUUGUGUUUUUGACUAAUGGGGGCGGUAUUCGUGAAUCAAAAAGAGCUGCGGAGUUGUCAGAACUCCUGGGUGUAAAGAUUUCUCCUUCACAGGUAUUGCAGGGCCAUUCACCUUUUAAACAGCUGGUGAACAGGUUUGAGAAUGAAUUAAUUGUUGCUGUUGGGAAAGGCGAACCUGCUGUGGUGAUGUCCGAAUAUGGAUUUAAAAACGUGAUUUCAAUAGAUGAGUAUGCACUGUACUUUGACAACAUUGACCCACUGGCACCGUACAAGAAAUGGGGCACCAUAGAUUUUGCUGUCGAAAGAAAUAGAAAAUGCAGCAUUAAUUCCAAGAGAGUUCAGGCAGCAUUUAUCGUUAGUGAUUCUGUUGAUUGGAGCAGGGACAUUCAGGUUCUUUGUGAUAUUUUAAGAACCGGAGGUCUUCCUGCAAGUGAAGAAGGGCCUCAACCGCCUCUUUAUUUUGCACAUGAUGACCUUAAAUAUCAGGGUGCUUUUCCUUCUGAACGUUUGGGCAUGGGAGCAUUCAGAAUUGCACUGGAAUCGGUCUUCAAUAGCAUUCAUGCUGAAGCUCUGAAGUAUACAUAUUUUGGAAAGCCGAAUCCAGUUGCAUUUAAGAAUGCUGAAGUUGUGCUAAAGCAACAAGCCUCGUUCAUUUAUCGUGAGCUUAACAUCGUGAACCAUGCAAACUCUGGAAGUCAUGACUUCCAGACACUAUAUAUGAUAGGAGAUAAUCCUGCAGUCGACAUCAAGGGUGCACGGCAGGCUGGAAAUCCUUGGUUUCCCAUUUUGACAAGGACUGGUGUUUUUAAAGGAGAUCAUCAUUCUAAUCAUCCAGAGUUUCCAGCCAAUAUGGUUGUUGACACUGUGGAAGAAGCUGUGGACUUUAUUCUUAGAAAUGAGCAUCAAAUCUCAGAUUAGCAGCCGAAUCAAAUGGUAUUCAUCCAUUUGAGUUAAAUUCCAUCCAUUUCAAAUUCGAUUUCUUAGUUUGAGUCACAUUAAAGAAAGCUUGAUUACAAUUUUUUUUCCCUUACAUUUUAUAUUCUCCAAGUGGCAGUCAUGUCUCGGGGGUCUAAGGUCACAUAUGGUGAAAACUCAAACUAUGGCCCUAAUUUUGCUUUUGAGACCAUUGCCAUUCUUGUUUCUCUUCAUUUCUUCAUUAGCACUUAACCAAUCAUAUAGUUUGAAUUUUA